GCGUGAGCGAUAAAAGAUCCCACCGUUCAUUUCGAGUCGUUGGGUCGUCGUCAUGUUGCUGCUCGUCAAACUGUCCCUUUUAAUAGGAGUUGCAAGUGCAGCUAGGAUUUUAGGGGUUGUGCUGACGCCAGGCUACAGCCACCAGGCGUUCUUCAAACCGUUUUGGAGGGAGUUAUCACUACGCGGUCAUCAAGUGACGACCAUCACCACGCACCCGAUCAAAGAUGCAAAAUUGGUGAAUUUAACGGAGAUCGACUUGGGAACCUUCGCAGAUGAUACCCAAGGACACAUGCAUAAGAUAGUCGAGCUGGGGGACACGAACCUCGCGCGUCAAGUAAGGUACAUGUUUACGAACGCCCUCCCGACGGUGGACAAGUUACUGGGAUUCCCACCGGUUCGGGAAUUGAUCGACGACAAAGACGCACGUUUCGACUUGGUAAUCCUGGAGCACCUCUGGAACAGCAUACUGCCCUUUGCCGUCAGAUUUAAUUGUCCCUACAUCGGAAUGUUGACGAUAGACGCUCCGAACGCCAUGCUGAAGAAAGUCGGCAAUCCGAUUCACUCGAGCUUGUUCCCGGACAAUUUACUACCCUUCGGAGAUGGACCAACGCUGACGGAGCGCGUGUCUAGUUUCCUCUACGAGCUGGGUUACAACAACGUAUACCUGGAGAUGGAGGAGCUCGAAAAGGAAUUGGUGGAGAAGCACUUCGGAAGCGACUACCCUCCAAUCAGGGAGAUGGCCGAGAACAUCAGCUUGCUGUUCGUCAACGCCGAUCCCAUCUUCCAUCACAAUCGGCCGCUUGUGCCGGCCGUCGUGCAAAUCGGCGGCGACGGUUUCCACAGGAGCCCACCGCGACCUCUUCCCCAGGACAUUCAACUGGUGCUGGACGCCGCUACCGGCGGUUUUAUCUACUUCAGCUUGGGAACCAACGUUCGGAGCGAGUUUCUGGGGGAGAAGACGAUCGAUAUGAUGCUCGGUGUUUUCGCAGAACUGCCGUUCACAGUACUUUGGAAAUUUGGCGGGAACAUCUCCAGGAAGCCCCGCAACGUUGUCGUGGCAAAGUGGUUGCCUCAGGAAGACGUGCUGAGGCACCCGAACAUUAAGCUGUUCAUAACGCAAGGAGGCCAGCAGUCCAUGGACGAGGCGAUCCAGUCGCACGUGCCGAUGCUCGGAAUUCCGUUCUUCGGCGAUCAGCCCUUCAACGUGCGGAAGAUGGUGAACAGGGGAUUCGGGUUGGGGUUGAACUACAAGAAUUUGGAGAGGGAGAGCUUUAGGCAGGCGAUUGUUGAAGUCAUCGGCAAUUCCAAGUAUCGAAAUACUGUCACCAAGUUGGCGCAACUAGCUCGCGAUCAGCCAAUGAGCGGGCUUGAAAAGGCAAUUUGGUGGACGGAGUACGUGAUACGGCACAAGGGAGCGAAGCACCUCAGAAGUCCGCUUUUGGACUUGCCGUGGUACCAGUACCUACUCCUGGACGUGAUCGGGGCGUUAUUGCUCGGCCUUUCGCUUUCAUUACUGACGAUUGCGUUCGUCUGUAGGUCGCUGAUUAGGCUUGUAAGGAAGAAGUCUACGUCAUCCGAGAAGAAAAGCUCGUAAGCUCCGAUGGAGAAGUACAAGGGCCAUAGUACUGUCUUUGAUUAUAAUUAAACAAUUACUAAGAAAUA